GAAAAACAAAUUAAAAAAAAAAAUUUAAAGCAAGUGAAUGCAUCCACUUAUUUUCCCUCCUUAAGAAAACGAAAAACUAAAUUGCCCAACACUCCUUCGUCCUUCCCGGAGCGACCCGAGUACAUAACCAUCUCCAGACUCCAGUUGCACCAACAUCUCGUCCCCGCUAAAUAUUCAUAACAUUAAUAAUACACAACACCAAGUUCUAAACAUAGUAAAUAUCUGAAUAUCAUUUCAUACUUUCUCUCCAUGUUUCUGGGUUUCUUUCUUCUUCUUCCUCCCUCCAAAUCAUCUCAAUUCCAUACAAUAAGAAUCUAAUAACAAAAUAAAUAAUUUGAUUACUCUCAUCCUCAUUAAUCACACACUUUAUACAAUUAUACUAAUCAUUUUCAUUUAAGCAGCGUCUCUUUCUCUCUGCAUUUCUGGCAAAUUUCACAUCGGUACAGGAUAUUCUAUAGGACAUUGGUUGCUGACCUUUGCAACUGCUGGACCGAUGUGCCACUUUGUUUCUUCUAUAUCAGUCUUCAUGGUAACUCCCCGGUUUUCCUUAUGUGUUAUGUCAGCCUUAAGGUUUCAGACAUAGUGGAAGGAGAUGAAUUUGUCUGCUUUGUUGACUUCUGCUGGAAUCAACAUAGCCUUGUGCGCACUGCUCUCCACACUGUAUUCUAUAUUAAGAAAACAACCAAGCAACGGAAAGGUGUACUUCGGGCAAAGGUUCGCUCAAGUACAAUUAAAAGACCAAUUCAGCUUAGACAGAUUUGUUCCUUCGGCCGGCUGGAUAGUUAAAGCUUGGGAGACAACUGAAGAAGAAUUAUCGGCAAUUGGGGGUGUAGAUGCAAUUGUUUUUUUCCGGAUCGUUGUUUUCUGUAUCAGGCUGUUCUCCUUUGCUGGUGUUAUCUGCAUUUGUGUAGUGCUUCCACUGAACUACUUUGGUCAGCCAGUACAUCAUAAGAGACUCCGUGCAGAGUCACUCGAAGUGUUUACCAUCGGGAAUAUUAAAGAAGGAUCAGAGUGGCUUUGGGUUCACUGUCUCGCAUUAUAUGGCAUAACCUUCUGCGCCUUUACUCUCCUGUACAUAGAAAGCAAAAGUAUUGCAAAGAAGAGGAUCAAUUAUAUCACUAGUAAUCGCCAGAAACUAGGCCUCUUUACGGUUAUCGUUCGUGCUAUCCCCUUUUCAGGAGAUUCUUAUAGUGAUUCAGUAACCAACUUCUUCACAAAUUACUAUUCUUCAAGUUAUAUGUCGCACCAAAUGGUUUAUCUCCCUAGUACAGUUCGGGAACUUGUGAGAGAGGCAGAGUACAUGUACAAUAUGCUCAAGUCCACUGAUGUGAGUCAAUGUGGUCCAAGUAUGGUAAGAUGUGGCCUUUGCGGAUCAAGUGAAAAGCCCUUCACGAUCCUUUCCAGGAGAUUAUAUAGUAGUGAUUCUGAUGAUGAUGAUAGACGUGGCUUAGCAGAAGAUCUAAGAGAACAGGAGUGUGCAGCUGCUUUAGUCUUUUUCAGAACUCGUUAUGCUGCUCUGGUUGCUGCACAGACACUACAAUCACCAAAUCCUAUGCACUGGGUUACAGAUAUUGCUCCAGAACCGUCAGAUGUAUUCUGGACAAACCUUUGUGUACCAUACAGAUUGCUCUGGGUCCGCAAGAUAGGAACUCACUUGGGUGCCUUACUCUUGAUGAUUUUCUUCUUUGUGCCUGUGUCGAUUGUUCAAAGUCUUGUCCACUUAGAGAGGCUUAAGGAAAAAUUUGCUUUUGUGAGAAGGUUGAGUAAUAAGAGGAACUUUAUCUUUGAUAUGGUUACCGGAUAUCUUCCAAGUGUGAUGUUAAUGCUGUUUCUAUAUGCUGUUCCACCAGUAAUGUCGACUUUAGCAGCAUUAGAGGGUCCUAUUUCCCGUAGUGGCAGAAAAAUAAGUGCAUGCCACAAAGUUUUACUUUUUAUGAUUUGGAAUGUCUUCUUUUCUAAUAUUCUAUCAGGAUCAGUUCUGGAGAGUAUUGAUAGAAUUCAAAGUUUGACAGACAUUCCAUUGAAACUUGCCAGUGGAGUACCAUCAAUGGCUGUCUUCUUUAUGAGUUACGUGUUAACAUCAGGGUGGACAGGUUUGGCUAGCGAGCUAAUGCAGCCUUUUGUCCUUUUGUGCCAUUGGUUGGAUAAAACCAUAUUUUUAGGCAAGGGUGUUGUGUCAUAUGAUCCACUGACUUUUCCAUACCACACUGAGAUUCCGAGAAUUCUUCUGUUUGGUUUGCUAGGCUUCACUGCUUCAGUUACAGCACCUCUAAUGUUACCCUUCUUGAUGGUUUACUUUUUCCUUGCCUACCUUGUGUACCGUAAUCAGUUUAUCAAUGUAUACAUCACAAAAUACGACACCGGUGGACUUUACUGGCCUAUUGCGCAUAAUGCAAUAAUCUUCUCAUUGCUGCUGACCCAAACAAUUGUCCUGGGAGUAUUCACUCUCAAGAAAGCAAAAUAUUCUUCGAGUUUCACCACCACACUGAUCAUUUGCACUCUCCUUUUCCACUUCUACUGCAGGCAAAGAUUUUUUCCACUAUUUAAAAGCCCUUCUGCACAGGUUGUCAUGGAGAUGGAUAGACAGGAUGAACAUUCAGGAAGAUUGAAAGAGAUUCAUCAAAUGUUGCGCUCAGCCUAUUGUCAGUUCCAAUCAUCUUCAUCGAACUCCCCUAAUGAUAGAGAAUUACAAGAGCUUAAUGAAUAUUUGCGCUCCACAUUUUGUACCUUCAAAUCCAAUUCUCAUCACAACUCACCUACAUCCGGGCAAAUAGACCAGGUUAAAAAUGAGGAUGAUCGCGAGCUUCAAGACGCAGAUGAUAUUAUCCCAGUAAUGAGGUUGAACCAAUCCCCACAAAAUACACUGACCGAGCUUCCUCAAUUUGAGACUCAAUUUGAGACUGAGGAAUCAAUAAUUGAUUUACGGACUGCCUAAAUAUGCACUUGGAUGAUUGGUGAAUGACAACCUAAAUUGCAUUCAUUAUUGGAGAAAGUGACAAGCAGCAUUAUGAAGGUAAAGCUCUUGAUGAAGUUAAUUUUGUUCAUUUUAAUCUCUUCACCUCUUGUCUAAAACUACAUAGAUUCAGCUAUAAAUAUCAUAGCCCACUUUGUUUAAGUGACAUAUCGUAUCAAUGCAAAUUAUCGAAAUCGUCAGAUUUA